UGGGACGAAAGUGGUGCAUAUUUUUCUUGUGCUGCCAUUUCGAUAUAUACAAACAAGAUUUGAGAAACAUUCUUGUGAGUUCAAUGCCCUGGUCGUUCUGUUGAGGGCAAGUCGACGUAGUGUUACAUGUGGGAACUCGUCCGGACGUGAAUUAGCGGGGCUGUCGCGAGGCUAGCUUUGGCUGCAUGUUACCUACAUGUAUUUUGCUGUAAAAUUCUAGUUCGUUGCUGCAUCUAUGAAAGUGAAUUCGUCUUGGCUAUGACAUGAGUUUAAAUAUCGACGAUGUAAUCCUUACUUUUGUAUAACCGAAAGUUGACUUGAAAGCAUACGGCAGCUGUAUUUAUUCUCUGAAAAACUGACGUUGGUCCGUCUAACGUGUAAGCAGCCAGUCUGUACUUGUCUACUUGGCUGAAGUUUGGAGCUACCAUAGUUGGAUGGCUGGUUAUACUUGGGAGUUUGUAUGGUUUUACGCUAAAAUUCCGUGUAUCAGCUUGGUUUUCUGCUGGAUACUAGUUGAAUUACGAUAGAAAUGAGACUUGCCAGCAGUUUGGAGUUGAGAACUAUACCAAGGAUUUUGUUAUGAGUGAGAAAAAUACCCGUCAAAUAAGUGUUAGUCAGUGUAAUAGUGGUGUGUGCCGUCCCCCGUCCCAAUGCCGUUGUAACGUAGCUUAUCGCCGUUCGGUUAUGGUGAAUCGCUAAUAUUAUUAUCGAGGAACGGAUAUUGUAGUGUAUAAUGUUUUCGAUGUUGUCUUAAGCAACACAGCAUUGUCAGCCAGCAAGAUAGCUAAAGAAUGAGGUUUAAGAAAGCACCUCUUAAGGCUCCCGGUGGAGAAUCUAGCGAUAUUAUCAUUAAGGAAGAAUUUGAGUCAUACUCGGACGUAACCAACGAGGAAAUGCCAAACACCACUCACGCUGAAGAAUCCUCACACUUGGGGGGCCUGGGUCGGCCUUUGGUGCAAGGCGUAUCGGGCAUUCUCCCUGCCCUGCAGCCUGCCAGAACCCCGGAGUCUUACUUGAACAAGGACGAGGAGACUCAGGCAGCGCAAGCCAAACUCCGCCAGUAUGAGGCUUUGGGACUCAUCAAGGUCGAAGUGGACGAGCGUGUUGUUAGGAGGCGUAGGCCAAAGCCAAGUGAAGACGAAAGUGGUCAAAUUACAGUUUCUGAUCCUUUAGGCCAGAUGGUUCAACAUUCCUCCGCAGGUAUUCCAGUCACUGGUUCACAGCAAUCAAAUACAUUCCAGGGUCCGAGGGCUGUUUCAGAAAUUUCAGUACCAUUGUAUGCUGUACCACAAUCAACAGCAGUAGUCAUACCUCAACAGCAGCAGACCUUUACUGCUGCUAAAACUGGAGGCGUGGUUGAUGUACCUGCUUUGACUGACAUGGAAGGUGAUUAUGGUUUCUCAGUUACAAUUGAAGAAAAAGAAAGGACAACGAAAAGCCCCAUGUGGUUGAUGAGCAGUGUUACAAAUAAACUGUACACAAACAUCAACAAAGCUGUUCCUUUUGAAAUACAGCUGAGGAAGAAGGUCCCAAGUGACAAAUCAUUUUAUAUUCGAGCUGUUGCUGUGUUCUCCAGUGCCCAGUUUUUGCGUACAAAUGUAACUCGCUGUCCAAACCAUGCCUCCACCGCUGAUAUGACAAACCAUGUGAAGGUAAAUGGAAUGGUUGUCUCUACAGGUUUUCCAUACCCAACUCAUGUUGUUAGAGCUGAUCAUCCUGAGGCAAAGUAUGAAGAGUCUCUCACUGGACGCUUGUCUGUCGUUGUUCCACUGGACAAACUUGUUGAUGGGUCUGAUUUCACACCAAUUCUUUUGCGUUUUAUGUGCCUUGGUUCCUGCGUUGGAGGUAUCAAUCGCCGGCCCAUUGCCAUAAUUCUAACUCUCGAAAAUGGAUUGGGUCAAGUUUUUGGACGCAAAGUCAUAGAUGUCAGAGUGUGUGCAUGCCCAACUCGAGAUAUUCGCACUGAUGAGCUAGCCCUUUCAAACAAGGGUGGGAAACGAAGGGGAUCUUCCCACCAGGAGAAGACGUUACCACCACCACGAAAGAAGCCAAAGGUAGAGCCAAAAGUUGAACCCCAAGAUGAUGAUAAUAAACUCUUUACUAUUGUUGUACGAGGACGCAAGUUAUACGACUUCCUGACACUUGUGAAGGAGUCAUACUUGAAAACCCACCCAGAGUGUGCUGAUAGAUAUCAUGAUCCCAGCUUUCAGAAUGAAGAUAGCAGUGAAGAUGAAGUGAAAAACAGUAACAGCAGCCAAGGAUUAGAAGCUGGAGAUUCAGAUUCAGUCUCCUGGGAUUCAGGAUGCAACUUCACCCAGCAAGUAGGAGUUGGUUCUGUAAUGAUUCUGAGGUAGACCUUGUAAGUUGCCCCAAAAAUAAUAGCCCUUGAGUAAGCUGAAACCC